AUGUCGCAACCCCAGCCGUCCGCGUGGCUCGUACUCCCAUGCAUGCUCCUCUCCCUCCUCAUCACCCGCUUCCUCACCGCACUCUUCACAUCACACAACGAGCGCGGCCUAAGCACAGUCGCCAAAGCAGCGCUCAUCUUCAUCGCGACACUCAUCCUCACCACAACAGCAGCGACCUCACUGUUCCAAUCUCUAGAGACCACGCAGCCGCAUACCAGAAACGUUCUGCGAAAGCGACGCAACGUCUCACCCUUGCGCGAAGAGCGCAUUCAGGCGUGGCGCGUCAACACUGCGCCGACUCUCCACUGGAGCUCUUCCUCGUCUGAUGAGGAUGUGAGGGCAGUGAAGCAGAAGCUUGUUAAAGAGAAGAAGGAGAGAAAGGAUGAGAAGUCGUUGAGGAAGCGACUGUGGAUGAAGUUCAAACCAAGGCGGAGUGAAAUGCUUGGGGGUAGGAAAGAGACUAUUGAGGUUGUUGUGAGGGAAGAUCCUUGGGCCUAG